AUCAAUUCCAUAAAUCAACGGACAUCGCUGAGACUCUAUUUCUUGAAGUUUGACACUCACGGACUCUCGACCAAGACAAAUCGAUGACCUCGGGUGUACGCCUCGGAUCUUCCAUCAAGGACACUGCAUGAAACAAGUUGGGCCAAAACACCUGGUUGAUAAUGACCAACAAAAAGCAACUCACUCUCUUUGUCGACUUCCAUGUCCAUCUCGACCGGAUCGAAGAAUGGAAGGCCGCCCAUCGUCCGGUAUGGGAAGCAUGUGGCAACGAGCCGGAAUGUCUUCUCUUCGACAUAUUCCAGGACCCGGAAGACCCAAGCCACUUUCGACUAGUUGAAAUAUGGGAUGCUGAUAGAGAAUGGUUUGAGACGAAGCAACUCACCAAGCCUUACUACGCAACUCUGUGGGAGAAGUCGAGGCCGACAUGGCAGAAGGAAGUCGUCAUCAAUUACUUUGAGCGACUCGGUGAAGGAUGUCGCUUUCGGAAGGGGUUCCUGGAAGGGGGAGAACUGAUGGAUUGAUCUUAGAGGACCGAUCGUCCCUUCAAGAGAAGCCACCUCCGUUUUUCCCGUAGGGUGAAGGUGAAAUGCGAUCUCCAGGCAUCUCUUGGGGGUGGAUCUAAAACAAUAGCACGAGGUGGUCUGUAGGAUUGUCGAGUCGGUCUGCCUUAACGGUCCAAAUAGGGGGUCACAAAACAAAAAAAAAGAGUUGUAUGGUCGCUUUUCCACCCAAGUCUC